AUGCCCGACCGCACUCCCCCGUCAGCCCGUCUGCGCUCAAAAACGUCUGACUUCUCCGACCUCCUUCGAGGAAAACAUCCCGAGUCCCAUGUCCCCUCUCCUCCACCACUCUCCGAGCCCGACCACUCCCCCGCAAAGGGAAAAUCCAAAAUCUCCUUCUUCGGGCGCAGGCGUAAAACAAGUUCUGCCUCCCCUUCCUCCGCUCGCUCUGCAGUAUCCAACCUGCGUUCUCCGCAAGACGAGGAUGUCCCACCACUGCCCUCAUCUUUCGACCCGACCAAACUGCAUACCACGAAGCGGGGCGUUGACGAGCGAAGGCAUGUGCUCAACAAAAGCUGCGUCCUGCCUGAGCCAUCCGCUCGGUCUAUGCGGGGCUACAUGGACAUGCGAGUGUGGGCUCAUAGACUCCAUGUCACGCUAUCCGAACCGGUCUCGCAGUGA